AUGAGUAUUGGAGCUAAUAACAAUAGCUCUCUUGGAAGUGCGGUGGCCAAACUAUGGAACAACUAUAAGUACCUGGCGAUCUCUACAUUAUCUGUGUUUCUCAUUUUGAAUUUGGUGGUCUCGAAUUCCGGCUCCAAUCCGUCUUUCAGUCUCAGCCAAAGCUAUACACAGGAUGUUGGCUCCGCUAGCCAUAACGCUACGACUGUUGUCUCUAAGCCACCAAGAAAGAACGUGAAGGACAUGUACACUAUUGAGGCGAGGCUGAUCGCCAACUUCCCUUACAAUGCAAACGAGAAUAUCGAAGAACAAAUCUGGCAGUUGUGGAACGUUCGCGCAGAUGAUAAAAACUUUCCUGAGGAGUGCAAGCCACACAUCGAGAGGUGGAGAACCGUCAACGACAAUUACAAUCACAACCUCAUUACCUUGUCUGAUGCUGAGGACACUGUUGUGGACUACCUUCGUCCCAGUGUGCCAGAGGUUGUGGAUGCUCUUAGAUUCCUUCCUCAUGACCGUCUCAAGUACGAGUUCCUAAAAUAUCUGCUUGUGUACAUCAAAGGUGGACUUUAUGCAGACAUUGACACUACAGACAUCAAGCCGCUGAAAUUUUGGUAUGACUCCAAGGUGAUUGGGGCCAGAUUGAUGGUUGGAAUCUCCGCCGAUUACAACGACCAAAACUGGGAAAAGCUCUACAAUAGACGUCUCUCAUUUGGGAACUCGAUCUUCCGUGCCAAAUCGCACCAUCCAUUCCUGGCGAAGCUGAUAGCGAGAAUCACGUAUAUUUGCUUCACUCAACAGGAACUAGUGAAGAGCACUAACUGGGACGAGGUUUUUGAUAAUGUCGAUGCGAACGGCGAGCCUCUUAUCCAGUUCACCGGCCCUUCCAUUUUCACAGACACGCUCUUUGAGUAUAUGAACGAACUGAAUGAUGCUGUGUUUAUUCGCGUCGCCAAAAACGAGAGAGACAAGGAUUUGAAACCGAUUGUCGGGCCUAAGGUUCCUGAAAACCAACGAUUCUCGUACAGAUCAUUUAGCGGUGCCAUUGCACCUACCCAGGUGGACGAUAUCAUUGUGAUGCCACACAUCACCUUCAAUGGGCCGGAAAAUGCCCAAAGGGACGAAUACGACGAUAACGACGAGAAGCAGGGCUACGAAAAGUACUACUAUGCUCGCUCGCUGUCGCUCACCAAUUGGAGCAAUAGAAAACAAAAAAUUCAGUCCACAUGA